AUGAGUAGUAGUAUCGCGCCCUCGCAGACAAGGAAAAGGCAGUUUCCGUAUUUGCGUCCCGACAAGGUCGACACAUCAGCCGAGAUCUUGUCAUCGUUUUCCGAUAUCCGCGUCAAAACGUUCGAAACCAUCUACGCCGACGCCGAUGACGAGCACGCGGCAUGGCGUCCCGACAAGUCUCCGAAAGGAUUUGUGGACGAACCUAUUCGCGACGUAGUAGAUUUGAUCAAUACGCACCCGUCAUUUGCGACAGUGUCUUCUUGUUCCGGACGAAUUGCUCUUUUUGAUUCGUCGCUGCAACAAACAAACGAUGAUGGUCUUGUAGAGAGUGGAAAAGGAAUUGGAGGGUGGCUAAUGGUUUGUCACGAAGAAGCGGAACCCGUCUGUUUGCUCGAUAUUUUCCACGCAAGCGCUGAUACAGGUCAUCUCCAUAAUGAAGCGGAAAUGCCACUUAGUUUUAAAUUUGAGCCAAUGCUGCUGCACGUUGCAGCUGCCAGUCUGUCUCGUGGGCAGCAACUCUUGCAAUUAGCUUUGCAAUUGGGAUUCCGGGAAUCUGGUUUGGUAGUGACAGAUCUUCGUGUUACAGUGGCUAUUCGAACUUAUAGCUUGGCCUUGACGGUGCCUCUCGCUCGGCAUGGGGCGUUUCGUCCUCCCGAUGAGUAUCUUCGAGCCCUUGCUGUAGAAGCCAACAGACGGAUGCGAGUCAACACAGAAAAGAUUCAAAGGCUGUUACAUUCCUUGACGGAGCACUUUUUCCGUCCCGUUCCCUUGUCUUGUCGAAUACGAGUCCAAGCGCUUCCCCAAUUGGGAUUGCGGUCACAUUCCGCAGUUGCCGUGACGAGACCUCGUACAACAGACAGCAUCGACAUUAUUGUAUUCGGGGGAUAUGGGAGAGGUCCAAGGCUAGCAAAGAACACUGGAAGAAGUUUACAGGGAUCACAGAGAUCCAGCCAUAUUUAUUGUUUGACGAGAGCGAACGGGGUCUGGGAGGAUGGCUGGCAUGAGAUUCCACAAGGCCAUCCAAGUGAUUUAGGAGAUACGUGCAUUUCUCCGUUUCGAUUCACUUGCCGCCCAGUAGCUUUGACGACCCGUGAGGGUAGUGCAACGUGCGUUCUACCUGGCGGAAUAUCUAUUGUGGCUAUAUUUGGAGGUCGAACAAACCCGGCUAAUCCACUUGGAGACUUACUUCUCUACGACCACGAACACCACCCCGGAAUUCUAUGGGAACCCAACGACAUCCGCGGAUGUUUACCAGAACCUUCUUGGGGGCACACACUAACUGCCAUGCCUUUCGGGAGUAGCUCUAAUCGUCUGGCGGUUCUUUGUGGUGGAAGAAACGAAAGGGAAUGUUUGGGUUCGAUUUAUAUCUUGUCGGCGGUGAGAGAUAACGAGCAAGCCGCACACUUGAUCUGGGAAGAGGUCGUCACGUCACCUCCACUGCAAGGCGUCUUCCUCCAUUCCGCUGUUGCUACGAGCCACGACUCGCUUCUACUGUUUGGUGGAUUGAAUAAGCCUUUGGACAUUUUGGAGGCUUUCGACUAUAUGACAUGUGCGUGUGCGCAUAGCGUUGACCUUUGUAGUGGAAAACUAACUCCAAUCGACAGUAAAAGCUGUCCCUGUCUUUUUGGGCAUACGGUGGUACCUUUGGUCUCGAGCGAAAACCAGGGAUUUCAAAGUCACUUCCUCUUGACGGGUGGUCUACAGAAAACGUCGCAAGGAGGGAAUUUUGCCACAUCAGCUCCAUUUCGAUGUGUUUCCGUGUCAAAAAAUGGUCCGGAUCUUUCCUUUGAGCAGCAUGGUACUAUAAUUGAAGAAAGCGACGAAAAAUUUGAUUUUGGGUCCUUGCUGGAUCACAGCUGCAUACCUAUUGACAAUUGCUCGCGUGAGCCGCACAAAUUUAUUUCAGUAGGUGGUGGGGUUGCAGGAUUUGCCUUUGAGCAGUGCUUUGCCGAGUCGUUUACCUUUGAGGUUCAGCUUGUGCCAAGUGCCAACAGUGUGGGAGACGACAUAGUCGCUGGAAAAGCAGACGCGACCUUACGAAAAUCGAACUCGACCGCGGACAAUUCGCGUGUGGCCACGCUGCAUGCUUCGGAGUCGGCACUGAUCGAUGUGCUGUACGUGGACAGACGAAACGCGAAGAAAGCGAAAACAAUGUUGGAAGAGGCGUCAUGGCUUGACAAGAGACAUCGCAUGUUUCCAGCUGACAGUCAUGCACCUAUCCUAGAUGUCGAGAAAUGUAUUGCACUCCCUGUUUUGGAGUCAUGUUUAUUUGCAUUGGACGCGAUGGAAACUGGAUCCAUCAAUCUCGGGAAAAUUAUCAUAGGUAGAGGAAAGCAGUCGAUGCCACUCAGUACGGCUGCAUAUGCGAACCAAGCGAAAAAGAUAAAUGCGUAA